AUGCCCCUGUUCAGCUGGAUGAAAUGGUCCCAUGAAACAAGCGUGCAGGCUCCGGAUGAAGUGACACAUCUAAAGACCUCAGAGGUCGUACCCAGUCGCAUGUUGAUCAGAGAGCUCCUGUGGCACGUGGAGGAACGCGAGCGGCUGGCAAGGGAGCUGGAGCAGGAGCACAGGUUGGCCCACAGCACCCUGGGUCUCCGCUGGUUUCAGAAGUACCCCAGGUUACGAACCCUCAUCCCCACAUCAGAGCUACACGAGCUUGAGUUCCUGUGUGCCCAGAUCCCACCCAUCCAUGCAGCCACCGUGCUCUCCAGGUUUCGUGAGGUGCUUGCCACUAACAACAUAAGGCCCUGGGAGCUGGCGUCUGUCUUCAAGCAGGUGUUGAAGGACUUCCUGAGCCAAAAGGAGUACGAAGAAGAGGACGACCUCUUAGUGCAGUCAGCAAAGGCACGACAAAUGGAGGCUUGGACCAGCCACUACAAAAUGAAACAGGGCUUUGUCGUACCCACUGUACCCAACUGUGGAGGCCACCCAAGGCAGGAGAUCCCAACAAUCUCCGGGUAUGUGGACCGGGCCAUGCGGCGAUCCAGUUCUUUCACAGGGUCCAACAGGGACUGGGACCUUCCAUUUUACUAUCCAGUUCCUCUCAGGCCCACAGAGGUGUACAGCACAACACUGUGAGGGGACACACUGCUCAAAACAUCCAUGGCCUUGUGUUUAACACAGGGAAAAACAGAAUUCACACCCGUAGACAAGUUAACUUGGUUAUUUGUAGUAGUUGUAGAUACAUCAUAGCUUGUGACCAAAAAUGUGAAGAUAACAUUAGGCUAGGUGGACAAUGUACUGAACUGUUACAUUACAAGAACUAGUUCAGCACCUGAUCGUUUAAAUCCCUGGUUCUGUAGUCCUGAUUACAAACCUCAGAUAGACUUUGUACAGUUGGGCAUGUAUUUCAAAAGAUAUACUGUCAAGUAGUGAAGACA